AUGGCUUAAGAAGUCUCUGAAGGCGGCGGUGGCGGUGGAGGUGUAAGUGAUACUACCCCACCAUCUGAUGGAGGAAGUGGUGGUGGUGGUUCAGGAAGUAUUGGAGGAGGAGGAAGUGGUGGUGGAGGAACUAUUGGAGGAGGAGGAAGUGGUGGUAGUUCAACUAGUUAAUCGUGUAACGUUUUAAAUUGCUUAACCUGCCAUGAUAAUAUCUGUGUUGAAUAUAUACUCUAAAAUACCAGUGAAAUAACAAAAAAAAUCCAAAUUUUUCUUAUUUUUACAAAAAUACACCUCUACUCUUGGAUUUUUUCAAAAUAAAAUAUCGAAGAGUUAGUUAAAUAUGUGCUACAUGCUCUAAUUAUAUCGAUCAUUGUGAAAGUUGCAACACAGGAUUCAAAUUAAUAAAUAGCAAUUGUAUAAAAGAAUGCAGCCCAAGUUAAUAUCUUUAAGGCUCUUCUUGUAUUAACUGCGAUUCAUAAUGUCAGACUUGUAGUGGACCAGGUAAUUCUUGCUUAACUUGUCCUUAAAAUUGGACUUUAUAAGGAAGCUCUUGUAUAUUUAUAUCAUGUCGUCCUGACUAAUAUCUCUCAGGUUCUAAAUGUAUUGAUUGCGAUAAAUAAUGUCAGACUUGUAAAGGACCAGGUAAUUCUUGCUUAAGUUGUCCCUUAAAUCGGUUCUUGGAAGGAAGUAUGUGUGUAAAUGAAUGCAAUACUAGUUAUUAUAAGUAAGAUAAUAAUUGCCUUCGGUGCGAUAGUUAAUGUAAUACAUGUGAUGGGCCAGGCGAUUCUUGCUUAACUUGCUUCUUUCAAGUUUAUUUGUAAGAAAAAAAAUGUGUAUCUUAAUGUUAACCUGGUUAUUUUAGUAAAGAUUUUAAAUGCUUAAAGUGUCUGGAACCCUGCAAAACAUGCUAGAAUUCAAAUGAUCAAUGUUUAAGCUGUAAUGAUAAAUUUCUAUUAUAAGAAAAAUAACUGUAGUGAUGGCUACUACGCUACCGGUACUAAUUGUUUAAAAUGUAACUCAUAAUGUGCUACCUGCUCUAGAGAAGAAUAAAAUUGUAUAAGUUGUAACAAAGAUUUCAUAUUGCAAAAUAAUUAGUGUGUAUCUAAGUGUGGACCUGGGUAUUAUUAAUCUGGUAUUAACUGCUUAAAAUGCAGCUAAGAAUGUGCUGAAUGUGAAAGAGCAAAUAAUAACUGUUUAAGUUGUAACAAACCCUACUUUAAAUAAAAUAAUUCCUGCCUUUCAAAAUGUGAUGAUGGCUACUUUGAUUAAAAUUUUAUCUGUAUAAAAUGCAAUUAAUAUUGUCUUACCUGCUCUGGGACAAGUGAUAACUGUAAGACAUGUAUUGAAGGUUUUAUUUUGAGAAAUAAUAUUUGUGAAAAGGAAUGUAAACCUGAUUAAUACCUUUAAGGUUAGAUAUGUGUUUAGUGUGACGAGAAUUGUCUCACUUGUAGUGGGACAAGCAAAUUCUGUUUGAGUUGUUAAAACAAUUUUUUGCUUUAAGAAAAUAAAUGUGUUUAAACAUGUGGCGAAGGUUAUUACAAGUUUAAUUAUGUUUGCUAAAGAUGUGAUUAAAAUUGUAAAAAGUGCUAAGACUCAAGUAAAAACUGCUUAAGUUGUAAUGCUAGCUUAUUGUUAUAAAAUAAUUCUUGUGUGGUAAAGUGUGAUGAUGGGUAUUAUACUUCAGGAAUUCAAUGCUUAAAAUGCGAUUUAUAAUGCUUUACAUGUACAUAAAAUAGCACUAACUGUUUAAGUUGCAAUUCAGGAUAAUUUUUAUAAAAUAAUUUAUGUGUAAGUAAAUGUGAUAAAGGUUAUUAUGCUUAAAAUUCUAAUUGUUUUAGAUGUAAUUAGAAAUGUACUUCAUGUACACUAUCCAGUGACAAUUGCCAAACCUGUGCAAAUGGCUACUAUUUAUAAAAUAGCUAAUGCGUUUAAAGCUGUGACAAUGGAUACUAUGCUUCAGGUUCUAGUUGUUUGAAAUGUGACUAAAAAUGCUCUACUUGUUCUAAAAUUAGUGAUAAUUGUUUAAGCUGCUCAUCAAACCAACUUUUAUAAAAUAGUACAUGUGUUGAUAAAUGUGAUGUUGGGUAUUAUUAAUCAAACAAAAAAUGCUUAAAAUGCGACGAAAAAUGUACAUAAUGUACUGAAUCAAGUGAAAAUUGUUAAAGUUGCAGUAAUGAUUUUUUAUUGCAAAACAACUCAUGUGUAAAUUAAUGUAGUGCAGGUUACUAUCAGUCUGAAAAAAAUUGUUAAAAAUGUUAUUAAAAAUGUGCUACUUGUAUAGAAUCUAGUUCAAAAUGUCUAACUUGUUAAUAAGGGCUAUUUUUAUAGGGCAACUUGUGCUUAGAUAAAUGUGAUGAUGGUUACUAUAGUGAAGGCAAUAAUUGUCUCUAAUGUGAUUAAGCAUGUUUGACUUGCAGUGGACCAUCAUAAAAUCAUUGCCUGAGCUGUAAAAAGGGUUUAAAUUAGAAAAAAAUAGAUGAAAAGAAUUAUCUUUGCUUUUCAUGCGAUUAAUCUUGCUCUAAAUGCAGCGGACCACUAUAAAUAGAUUGCAUUACAUGCUCUUCUGGAUUAAUUUUUUAACCAACUUUAAAAUUAUGUGCCUAAUGUGAAGAAGGUUAUUUUUAUAAUGAAUCUACUAAACGUUGCGAUGAUUGCUUUUAAGACUGUUUAACUUGCUCUGGUAAGUAAAAAAAUGAGUGCCUUAUUUGCAAUACUGGCUUAAUUAAAAGUGAUUUGACAAAAACAUGUGAAUCAAAAACUAAAAUUGAGAGUGAAUAGAAAUUAAUAUAGCAUACAAGUUAAAUAGGUUGUUUUAAAUAGGAUAAAAAAGAAGUAGAUUCUAAUUGCUUAGAUGAAUUUGAAAACAUUAAAUCUUAGACUAAUAUUCUAGAUGUUUUAGCUAUAGUUUGCGUACCUCUGUUAUUUGUCUCUUCUGUUUUUACACCUUUUGGGUCUUCUUUAGGGUGGAUUUUUAUCCAAGACUAAUAAAUGAUAGGAAAUUAUAUCUUUUCUUCAAAACUUGCUCCACUAUGGAUGAACUAAUUUGAGCUAAAAUUAAGUUAUGCGUAUCACUUAUUUACUGCUAUUCCUAAUAUAUUUAAAUAAUCUGUGUAAGAAAAGGAUUCAUAAUACAAUUUUAACAUAUUUCACAAUCUUUUACAAGUCAAUCCAUUUUAUAAUAGCUUUUACAAUAAUUGUUUUUUGCCAAUUUUAGCCUUAGGAAUAUGUGUGAUUGGUUUAAUUAUCUUAUUAUUGCUCAGAAUUCCAAAAACAUAAAAUAAAAGCAGUAAUGUUAUCUACAAUAUUACAAAAUACUUUAAAUGGAAUAUGUUUAUCAAUUUGUUUAGAUUGAUAUCUAAUUUUUUGAUAUUUAAUGCUGCAUUUAUAUUUCUCUGGAAGCAAUAGCUAGAAAUUGCUGAUUUAAUUUUAAUAAUUGUAUCAAUGAUUUUUUAUGUUCCAAUAAAUAUUAUUUGGAAUUUUAAAAUUGGCUGCCUCUAUUAUAAUAUAUCAUAUGAUGAUGUUGAUUAAUAUUAAAACUUGAUAGAUAAGAUUGAAGUAUCAAAUGCUUUUUCUAGGUUGUUUUGGAUAAUAUUUGAAUGGAAAAAAGUAAUAAUAACAAUAGUACAAGUUAUUUUCAUAUUUAGAAGCGACUAAUAGCAAUUGGCUUGUUGGAUUCAUAUUGGUUUAAAUAUAACGACUCAAUAUCUCCUUUAAAUUUAUCAUAAGGAUAAAUUACGUUACGUACAACAUACAGAUUUACAAUGUUAGGAUUCUUAGCAGUUUUUAUUUUAUUAGUAAUUUACUGAAUCAAAUAUAGAGAAAUUUUUUGAGGUUUUAGAUGAAUCUAAAAGCAGAAGUGUUGAUUGGUCUAAAAAAUUUUAAAAAUGA